AUGGAUCUAGUAAAAGCAAAGCUCUUGAGGAACGGGGUAAAUGCGCUUCAUCAAGCCAUCCAUCCAUUGCAUGGUUUAGCCUGGACAGACGGCAAGCAAGUCAUCCUGAGCUCUUUACACUUGCAAAAUGAAGAACCGGAACUUGGCAGCUCUGUUGUGAUUGGCCAGUUUGAACAUGUUCAUGGCCUGUACUGGGGUCCAGUGACGGACAUCCCAGCUCUUCUGGCUAUUCAACACAAAAAGCAUGUCACUGUUUGGCAGUUGUAUUACAAUCCCUUGGAAAAAAACAAGCUGGUUGUUUCUCAGACCUGUGCUUAUGGUGAACCUCUACCCAUUCUUCCACAAGGCUGUAUUUGGCACCCAAACAAGGAUAUAUUAAUUGUUUUAACCAAACGGGACAUUGCGGUUCUGUACUCUGCAUGCCAUAGCAAUAAUAAUGCUAAGGCAGACAUUACAGGAUGUAGCAUGAUUAGGUGCGCCUGCUGGACGAAAGACGGCAGUCGGGUUGUGGCAGCCAUGGAUGACUCUCUUUAUUCUUACCUAUGGAAUGAUGACAACAAAACAUUAAGUCCUUGCUCUUUUUGUCCCGUGUUUAACAUUGACUCUACUAUUGUUGCUAUUCAACCUACUGUGGACUACCAAGUUGUGGUGACUGCAGAAAUUGCAACAAAAAGUUCUGCCAACAUCCAUAAGGAGCUGGAUGAAUCAAAGGUGCAAAUGUCCCUCUUGAAACUAGAUGAGGAAUUGUCAAGAAAAAAUAGAAGGUUGUCUGUUGAUUCAGGGAAAUCAGAGCCGGCAGACUUUUUGAAGGUCUCUUCAUUAGUUCCAUCAGAUAUUUCCCAGAUCCUUGCCAGGCAUCGGAAGUCUGAUCCCAGCCCACUACUUUACAUGAAACAAAAGAGCAUCUCAGUGGAAAGUAAGCCAGAAUUGUCUAACCUUGUAAUUGUCACCUUCGAGAAGAAUGCCACCACCACAAGGAAAGUAUCUCUACCGGGGAUCUCCACCCCGGAUAUACUAGUCCUAGACUCCCAUUGUGAGAGAGCUGCAGUAGCAUCCAACACCUCAAAUCUAGUGUUGAUUUAUCCCAUAGCUCCAUCAUGCAUGCCCAACAUCCAACAAAUCAAGCUUGAAGAAACUGAGAGAGCCAAAGGUGUAUCUUUUCUUACCGAUACCCUGUUACUUAUUAUGACUGGAAGGCAAAGAUCUGGUGAUAUGGUGUUUCUGCCGAUCUCUAUUUCUGAAAAAUACACAGUCCAAUUACUGACAAGAACAAUAAUGCCCAUAGAAUAUAUGCCGUCGAGGUUAAAUUGUGAUCAAAAUAUCAUAAGCGACCAUUGCAAUACCACAGCCGGCAAUAAACUUGGUUGUGACCAAAGCGUGAGCAAAGAGUUCUGGAUGCCCAAUCAUAUUGGAAGUAAAUCUUUACGCAUCAAACGGAAACUGAGAGAAAUUGCACGGGGGACCAGCUGUGAUCCAAGCCCAACAUCUAGUCUAGAUGACUAUGAUGAAAAUAAAUCAUCGGUGGAAUCUUAUAGUCCAGUAACUCUUGAGAAUUUUCAAACCAAGCCAACAUCCCCAAGAGCACUGAAGGUCAAUACUGGGACCAUGAAUAAGACUUUCUGCAGAUCUGUGUCUCAGAAGCCUUAUAAGAAUGACUCAGAACAAACACAGGAGGACAGUAUUCCGACAUCUAGUGCUGAGAGAACUAUGAUCCCUGGACUUGAGGCUCAAGAGGUAGAGUCGGAUGUUUCAAAAAGCUACAAAAUGUUGCCGUACCCAUCAUCAGAAGAUCCUCCCUAUGUAUCGGUUACUCUUCAGAAGUCAUCAGAUGAAGGAGGAAGUGACUCCAGACUUGUUCUUCUGUGUCAUGGAAAGCUUCACCUAAGGACUGUGCGAGAGAUCUUUCAUGUCCAGACCAUUGAAAUGAUGUUUGACACAAAGUGGGUGGUCCUCACAGAAGAUGGAGAUGGCUUUGCCCCAGUAAUGUUCAGACCCAAUCAAGAAAUUGUGAUUCGUGAGGCAAAAGAUCAAUGGCCCCACCCUCUGCCAGGUGACACGGGCUCACCUGAGGCAUGGAUUCUAAGCACCAGCCAGUUUUCACCAGAGCUCCUUAUGAUGGAAAUGGAUUUUACCUGUUGCUGGUACCAGGUCCCAGUCAUCAGGAUUGUCCCGCCAGGGGAUGAACGGCCGGCCGAGGAUCUACAGACCUUCAGACGGGAGCAAGCGGCGGAGACACAGAUGUACCCUCAUUUCUUGUCUGGUGAAGCCAUUGUCAGCGGGACAGGAAUGCACUGUACAGGACGUGAUGACCCACAGGACCUGAGACCGCUGGAGCAGAUGGGGAGAGAGGCUCAGGGGACCGGUAGCCCCACUGCAAGGGCUGACAACUGCUGCAAGAUUGCACUGCAGAUCAAACUGUGUUGCUACAGGAAGAAGGAAAAUAGCAGGUCUAUUUGCAGGAUUAACAGUUUACCUCAAGUAACGCUGGCACAGAGCGGCCAUACCUAUUGUAAUGACAUCUACCGAGAAUAUAUUUUUGAGCCUAACAAGGGCCUUCCUGUUAAAAACCAGGAACAGUGCUCUGACAAGCACAGAUCCUUUGAAAUCCUGGAUGACACGGUUGUGUGGGUGGAGCCACGCGCAGCUGCUCAAUUUUCAAUAAAGAGCAGCAACCUUCAGGGAGAAGAACCCUACGAUUCAGAAUACGGUAUCAUUGAACCAUAUGUUAUCAAAUACUACACUCCUACACCUACACUACUACUACCGGUACUACACACUAUAAAGCGACUGUUCGCUUGUUCAUUGUACGAUUGUGUCGAUAAAGUUGAGCGAAAACAGCCCCUGUUGCUAAGACGCAGACAGGAGGACGCUGCUGUACGGAAAACGUGUGGGCGAGAAAACGAGCAGCCAAUCAGGAGGCAGUGUGCGGCCGGUGACGUCAGCGACCGGGAAGGAACUGUACGGACGGUAGAGGUUGCACAGUGGUAG